UUCUUAGGCGAGGUAGGCUCUGCAUCUAGUUUUCUUCCAAAACACGCGACAACUAAGACACUAUUGUAUCAUUGAAAUUUUUGAGACGCAGAAAUUUUAAUUUUUCUAUUGAACACUCCAGCUGUGCAAGAUUGCGUCACAAAGAAUAUUCGGAGAACCAAUUAGUUCUAAAUUAGUACAGACGUGGAAAUUAGACUAGCCAAAGGAAACUUUGCAGUUUUUCAGUCGAAGCUGAGCGCAAAAGCCUCUGAUUACGAACAGUGCAGAAAUCUAUUUCAUUAACUGAGCCUGUGUCAAUACAAGCCGACUUACUACGCGACCAAAUGUAAAUUCUCUCGAUAUGGAAGUGGAAGAUCUUGUGUGGUACAGUCCUUUCGUGUUCUUUGGUGGAGCUAUUUUAAGUUUUGCUGAUCCCAUCACCGACAUACUCACAGUGGUGGAAUUCUACCGCUCGGAUCACAAGACAUGGUUUGGUGUGGGGCUUACUUUUGUUUUAUUGCCAUGCUUUGCGUUUCCAGUAUUGUUCAUCCUGUUUCGUGCUCAAUCAACUGCUUCACCCUCUAGUUGGGUAAAAACUGCUCUUUGUGCAAUGCAUCCAUUUUCAGCAGCCUUCGUGAGACUAGAGGCUUUUAUUUUCUGUCUCAAGAAAUGCUGGUCUGGAGAUGAUAUCGACCCGGACAGCUCUGAACAAGCUGAAGAUGUAUUCACUCACAUUAGGUUUGCUGUGCUCUUUGAGGCAGUCCUUGAGUCCGCCCCACAAUCUAUAAUUCAGUUGUACGCCAUCACUGUUCAAGAGGAACCAGCUGCAAUGAUCCAAAUCAUUUCUUUACCUAUUUCUUUCCUCACUCUGGCAUGGGCCUUCACAGCCACUGAUAAAUGGUCUCUUGACGAGCACAUAAUAAUAACAUCAAGUUGCGAUGACCUGAAUGUUAAACAUCAACUAGCAUUGUAUGUGACUCAUUUACUUCUCCUGAGCAGUCGACUGUCCGCUAUCUGUUUUUUCACUGUCAGCUACAAGUGGUGGGUUAUUUGCGUGUUGACGUUUCAUUGGAGUGCGGUAGUAAUAGCGACUUUUUUUCAGUAUAGAGACGAAGUUGAAUGUCAAACUUCUGGUGUCUUGAUUCCGUUGUUUAUGGGCAUUAACUGUUUAAGAGAUGACUUUGUGGAAUUUUCGAUUGGUAAAAAUGCAAUUGGUCUAACUAUGAGCGUGUAUUUCUCACAUAUUUUGUUUGUAUUAGAAAACUUCUUUAUGAUCCUAUUGUUUUAUUUCAAUUAUCACCUCAACGCUUGGUACUUUUUACCAGUCACGGUGUGUGUUUGUGUGUUCAGUGCUGUUGGCUCCACAAUGAGAAUUUACUUACUUCGUUGGCUUAGGAAGAGACCUGUUGGCGGUUGAGCAGCCUCAACAGCAACGUGAUGUGAAUAUAUGUGGUGUGAAGUAUUAUGUUAGUUCAGUAUAAUCGAGUCAUUCGCUUAUAUUUUGUCUGUAGCUAUUAUUUGAAUUUGAAGUCGGAACUUUAGGUUUAAGCUAUCAAGAUGAGUUUCGAAAUUGCGACUAUCUUGUUUAACUUCCAUCACUGAACGUGCGUAGUUGGACAUCUGGCCUUGGUCAUGACCCUCACGAAAGUUGCAGGCAUAUUUAGCCGGCUAAAAAACUUCCUCGAUGUGUUUAUAGUCUUAUAAGUGAGAAAAAAUCACCACCUAAGGAAGGACCAACAGAAUUGUUACAUAGAUGAUAUUUUUUAACUAAUCGCACAACAACAGAGGUCAUAUCUUAAAGAUACAACAGACUUCAGCAACUUCAUAGCAAAAUGCUCAUAUUUUGGCUUACAUGGUCAAAGACUGAUUCUUUUGUAGAAGAUUAUGCGUUAUGUUUUUAGUGCGUUGUUUUUCAUUUUGUGAGAUGCUAAUAUGAAAGAGCUUAGAUUAGUGUUCUCACAACAAAUCUUCCAAGGUCAGUUGACAAGCAUGCUCGCUCAGAAUCGAGAGUCCUUGGUGCCUUUGGUAAAACCGUUAGAUUGCUCGUUAUUGCAACCCAAUAUACUUGCAUUUAAUUAAAAAAUUUAGACGAAGAAAACCGAAAGGCUCCAA